AUGGAUGAGAGGAAGGUGUUGUUAGCACAAUUGUGGGGUGAUAUGCAGUGUUGUAUUGGUCUAGCAGAAGAAGCAAAAAUGGAUAAAUUGGUUGAAUUUGCACAAGUGAUUAAACAACAAAAAUUGAUAUUGAUGACAGAACAAGCUGAUUUAUCCCCUACUCAUAUGAAGAAUUCAGUCAUAGAGUCUUAUUGUGAGUCAUCUAAGCCUUCCGAGAUCUCUAUUUUACCACCAAGAAAAGCAAAAAAUAAGGGCAGUGGUAAGCGUAUGAAAGGGAAAAAGGAGUUAGCAAUCGAUGCAUCAAAGAAAGGUUUAAGAAAAUGCCAUACGUGUGAUGCUUACUUAGAAAAUGACAAGAGACAUGACAGUAGGAAUUACCCAUUUCGAAAGAAUUAA